AUGGAAGAUUUAUUAAAACAUUUAAUACGGUUUGAACAUUAUAAAAACAAUAAAUAUCCAAUUCAUAGAUUUGCAAAUAUUAAAAAUCGUACUUGUCCCACAAAAUAUUUAAAUUAUGUGGAGACUGAAUUAAAUCCACAAAAUGAUGAUUUUCCAACUUAUUAUGCUAUAGAUUGUGAAAUGGUUUCAAUGAUGGAUUUUUCUCAACAAGUUGGUCGUGUUUCAAUGAUUGAUGAAGAUUUUAACGUUGUUUUUGAUAUUUAUGUUAAACCAAAUGGUAAAAUAAGAGAUUAUAAAUAUAGAUUUAGUGGAUUAAAACCAAUACAUCUUAAUAAUACCCCAUAUGAUUUAAAAAAUUGUCAAGAUCUAAUACUUUCUAAAUUAAAAGCAAAUGAUAUAUUAAUUGGUCAUUCAAUUGAAAAUGAUUUAAAAGUUUUAAAUUUAAAACAUCCUUUAAUUAUAGAUACUCAACAAAUUUAUAAAUUUAUUUCUAAAAAUGGUACUUUAAAAGAAACUUCAUUGAAAAAAUUAACUGAAAAAUAUCUUGGUAGAACAAUUCAAAAAGGUCCUCAUAGUUCAGUUGAAGAUGCAAUUGCAACAAUGGAAUUAGCAAAAUUGAAAAUUGAUAGGAAAACUACUUCAAAAGAAUCAAUUUUAAAAAUUUUAUCAAAAGAACCAUAUCUACAAAAUACAAAUAGUACAACUAGUAUUAAUACUAGUCCAAUUAAACAUAUAAAUGGUAAUGCAAACCCACAAUUCAAUACAACAUCACAAUCACAACCACAACCACAACCAAAACCACAAACCCAAUCACAACCAAAAUCACAACAGCAAACCCAUGCACAAUCAAAAUCACAAUCACAACCAAAACCACAACCCCAUAAACAACCAAAUUCAAUACCUCCAACACAAUAUGGAUAUCAACCCAAUUAUUAUCAAUAUGGUUAUCCAUAUAAUCAAUACUAUCAAUAUUCUACUCAGCAAUUAGCUAAUCAUACACCACAACAAGGGUUUUAUUAUCCACCACCAACAUCUCAUCAUCUGAAUAAUACUAAUUAUAAUACUAAUUAUAAUUAUAUAUAUAAUUCUAAAAAUAAUGGAUUAAUUUAUGAUCCAAAUACAAAUCAAUAUUAUUCAAAUGGGAAUAAUAUACAAUGGUGA